CCAGCAGCCAGUGCAAGCAAGACGCGCUCCAAGGCAAAGCCAACGAUAUCACAUACCCAGCCAGGAUUAGUCCAGACGCGUGUGUGUGCGUGCGUGCGUGUUUCUGCGUGUGUGUGUGUGAGUUAGCUACGACGCGUGUGCCUAGUGCAACAGUGAGUGUGCGUGAAAAUGACAUUCAGGCAAAAGCAUUUAGUGCUCCUGCUCGGCCUCUGCCUGGCCAUCAGCCUCAGCAGCAGCGGCUGCGAUGCGGCCACCGAGCAGCUAAACAAUCUACCCGCCAGCGGCAGCCAGAAUGCGGGCGCACGCACUCUGCUACGGGUCUACGAUGAAUGCAAUCGGGCCGAGAGCGGCUUUGUGCCAUGCCUGAAGAAGAAGGCCAUAUCGUUUAUCGAUCGCAUUGCGCCCAUCGAUGCCAUCAAUGUGGCCGAUGGCAUCAAGCUGGUGCGCCUCGAGACGGCGCCACGCCCACCCGCCUACAGCGACAACGAGCUGGAGUCCUCGCUAGCCCGCUCCGGCAGCGACCGGGAUGCGAAGCUGACGAAUAUGCUGAUUGAACGCUUGAGCUACUUCUUCAACGGGCACUCGCUGCAGGUCAGCUUCCCCAAAUUGACUUCCGAUGAGAUUGGACGCGGACUCGAGGAAGGCCGCGGAAAGAUGAAGAAAAUGGGCAUGAUGAUGGCCAUGAUGAUGGCCACCAAGCUGAUGGGCAUGCUGCCGAUAGCCAUGGGCGCGCUUUACAUACUGGCGGGCAAGGCUUUGAUUAUCUCCAAGAUUGCCCUGCUCCUGGCCGGCAUCAUUGGGCUGAAGAAGCUGAUGGCUGGCAAAUCGUCGGGCGGCAGCUCCGGCUGGUCCUCGGGUGGCGGUGGCGGUGGCGGCGGCUGGUCCUCGGGCGGCGGUGGCGGUGGCGGCGGCGGCUGGGACAGACGUUCCUUGACCGAGGCGCAGGAGUUGGCAUAUCGUGCGCACAGCAGGCAGCAGGCGGCCCAACAGCAGGCGGCCCACCACCAGCAGCAGCAGCAGCAGCAGCCACUGGGAGCGCAGCCAGCGCUGGUCAAGUCAUAGACGCCACAAACACACACACACACACACACUCCCAGACAUCUAUAGAAAGAAGCAUAUUCACACACACAUCGAGUUCAUAGCCCCCUAGAGUGCAUUUAUCUUGUAGAUAAAUGUGAGGGGCUGACAAACUGAGACGAGACAGGGCUGGCAAAUUGUAAUUAGAUUUUCAUCAACUGCUUUCUUCGGCUCACUUUUUCUUUUCGCACACCUCGACAAAUGCGCAGUUGCACCUGCGGGUACAUGGCUGCAAAUGUAUCUGUAACGUGCAGCUAACUUAAUCAUUGGCAUUUGCAUGAGACACAAAUCGAUUUGCGUAAUACGCACCCAGUUCCGCUUCCAUUCUAUGCCCGUUUACAGCUAUUCAAGUGCAACGUCUGUCUGAACUUUAUCUCUGCACCUCUCAAGCGCGCCGACUCUCUUGGCCAGCUAACUGCACUCCCAGUUCCUGUUAUUUUUCAAUUAUUCAUUCACUCACUCACUCACUCACUCACUCUGUCUUCUUUCAUUCAUUCUGCUCGGCUUCUGCUCUCGUUUCCAGCUCAUUUUUUCACGCGUGCAUUUUUCGAUUAGCUUUAAGCUUAAUUCAUUUAACUGUAGUCUAGUGUAAUAAUUUAUUAACAUUAUUUAUUUCUUAACUCUAGACGUGUCUCGCAUGUAAGCAGCAAAGUUUUUCAAGAAACACAAAAGUAACAAAAAAAAAAGA